UGAUGAGUCAUCCACUACAGUUUGUGCUGUUGUUUCCAAUUUCUCGUCAGCUGUCUGUGGCUUGCUGCUUUCUGCUUUCGUUGCUGGCUGGUGUCGCUGCCGCUGCUUCCGUCCACCACGACCCAUCCAUCCACAUCCACGCACGUCGCGCCGUCCGACGUCGUCUUGCUGACAGACAGACACCAGACAAACAACGGCCGGCUGCAUCCAUCGUUGAGCGACACCUUUGUUUGUUUGGGUGUUGAGACACACACACACACCAAAUUGUGUUUUUGUUGAUUCAACGCAACAAUGUCAUCAGAAUACAUGAGGAAUGCGUUUGGCGACACGGAUCGCCCAAACCGGUACCAGGACAACUCGGACCUGUACGCACGCGAUGACCAGGCGCUGUUGCAGGAGGAGGAUGACAUGAUUGGACAGCAAGACCAGGCGCUCGGGCGCAUCGCAGACACAGCCAAAGUAUUGCAACAUUACGGCCGACAAAUUGGCGAUGAGGUCGACGAUCAACUCGACAUGAUGGAGGACUUGGAGGAUGGCAUGCAUCACACAAGCAAGCGCCUCAAGCGAGAAACACAACACGUCGAAUACGUCCGAAACAAGGCGGCAGCAGGAGGCAUGAUGUGCUGCAUCUUCCUGCUGAUUGUCGCAAUUGUUGUCGUCGCCAUUGUCCCGUUCUGAUGCCUCCACCCCCCCCCCUUUCCGCGUCAACGUCAUUCAUGUCGAUGCUGUCCAAUGUCACAAUCCGUUCAAGCCCCUGCUUGUUUACCUUUCUUUUGCUUGCUGUAUCGUGUCUUGUCUGCGUCUCUGCCUGGCGGUCUGCCUGUCUGUCUGCGUUUCUUUUCGUCUUGUUUGCUUGGCGGUGCAACCAGUGCUUCUCGUUCAAUUGUGUUCGUAUCCAUGACGGCUGUUGUUACAAACAAUACACCUCACCCUCAUAUCA